CCAACGACCUACAAAAUUCUUUUUUUGGCCUCGCGCAUUUCUUCCUCGCUUUCCCACUGAUCUUCCCACAGCGCUUCCCUCCCCACUGCCCCGGCGGCGAGCUGGGAGAUGCGACUUUUUCUGGUGCGACAUGGGGAGACGGUCGACAAUGUUGCUGGUCUUUACGCAGGAGUUCGCGAUUCACCGCUUACUGCCCAUGGCGUCUUGCAGGCACGACGUCUGGGGGAGCACAUUGCGAAGCAUCAUCGAGUCACCCAUGUCUUCUCGUCGGAUCUGCAGAGGGCCGUCUUCACGGCCGUGAAGGUCGCUGAUGCUCAGCUCUCUCAGAGACAAAGAUGCGACACCGACAACGGCGAUGUGCCCGAGACCAUCGAGAAGCUGGAGCCUGUUCCACUCGUCGACUUGCGCGAGCGCGACUUUCGGUCCGCAGAGGGCAAGAAGUUCGGUACGGCUCAUGACGACGCUGAAACGCACGAGGAGAUGAGGCUGAGAGCUGCUCGCUUUGUCCAAGGCCAUCUGGUCCCGUUGUUGGCAAGCCGAGGGUCUGAAACAGUCGUGGUCGUUGUUGCCCAUGGCUUGAUUCUCAACUCGCUCUUCCGGGUUCUGCAGGCAAGGUUUGGUACCGGGCCUCGCGGGUCGGAAACGUCGGCAGCGUGGAGCAAUACUGGCUAUCUUGAGGCUGUGGUCAAGGCUGUCGCUGCUGACACAGAGGGCUCGAAUGCUGAGGAUUCCGGUGAAAGGAAGACAAAGCAGCCACAGUUUACCAUGACUGUGGUGGGGGUGAACGUGCUACGCCAUCUUGAGGGCUUAAAAAAGACCAAGGGUGGAAUUGGCAGUGCACAGUUCGACAAGAGGCAGAGGACCAUGGAUUCAUUCUUUGGCCCUGCCUCCAAAAAACAGAGGGUGGAUCGAGCGUCGGGGAUAUCCUGACACGGCCACCCUUGUCAACUUACAAAAAGAUAGAUCAUGUUGCCCUCAAAUACUGCCUUCGACUGAGAUGGUGGACAAUAAUUGACAUCGUAACAGCUACCUAACUGUUCCCAUUUGCACCGUGACUUCUUCCCCUCUCUUCACACCUUUUCCCAACCCUGACGUUCACCCCAAAUUGGCCUAUCUCCCCAUGGUCCUUUCGGGUUCAUUUUUUGUUCAGGAAGAUCAACGUCUACGUCCGAUUACUCACCACGGAUUUCGUUGGCACUUGUGCUAUGGAAUUCGAGGUCCAUAUUUUGGUCGACAUUUGUUUCAUAGAACAUAUAAUAAUCAUAAUCUAUUCUUCACUGGACUCUCCGUCGCCAUCACUGUCUUCUGGGACCACGCCCGCUGCCUCGUCAGAGGGCAACAGUCGUGGGAACCAGCCAUACUCUGCAAAGUCUACCAUCAGUUCACCAAGUGCCCCUGUUGCGACGACCACGCCUUCAGCCUGCAAACUUGCGGCUUGGUUACGAGCCCCAUCUGGCUGUGAUCUUUUACUCGUCAGUUCCACACUCUAUAUGGUUUGGGUUUAGUAACCUGCCCACCUCGGAGAUAUGAUCCCUUUCCCGUUGAUUACCCUCUGCCAGGGGACAUUGUCGUGAUGAUACCGGAGGGAGGUGUCGGCGGGGAGGUGCUUGAGGGCUGUGCCUACUUGUC